GCAGCCUGAGGGUGCAGCACCACACGCAUGGGAAAGUGAUGAGCAGCAGCAACAGGGGAAGUGGGGCUGAGGCCUCCCGUCCAGAUGCCGGGCCCAGCAGCCCCGCCCCUCUGAAUAUGAACCGCUACGCCAAUAAGAAGAGCGCGGCGGAGAGCAUGCUGGAUGUGGCUCUGCUGAUGGCCAGCGUGCUGGAGCAAGGGGCGGACCUCCACUUCUACACGCCCAUCGUCACCCUCAUCGGCAUCUCCCUCUGUCUGCAGGUCGCAGUCGGGGUCCUGCUUAUCUUCAUAGUUCGUUGGAACCUGAAUGACGAGCAGAAGCAGCGGAGGCUGAGCACGAUGGAAACCUUGGCCACGGGCCUGGUUUUCAUCAUCGUGGCAGUCAACGUCUUCAUCACAGCCUUCGGAGUCCACAGCACGAACCGUAGCGACUGA